UAGCAAGCGCCACGGUGCGAGUGUUCUUGAAAGGUAGUUUGACGUUUUGUGUGGUCUGCCAAAUUUUUCUCUGGUUCUAAGCGGAAUUGUGGAGUUUUCCUGACGAAUUUCCAUGUAAAUGUGAUUGAAAGGUGUGGCAGGAAUCAUGGAUAUUCUGGAUCUCGAUGAGAUCCUCAAGGAUGAUUCAUUUUGCAACCUCUCGGCUGACCAGAAGAUGGAUGAAUCCAUAACGAGUAUUUUGCAGCAAUGGAAACAAAGUGAAAUGACUCAGGGGACAAAAGGGACCAAACUCGUGGAUACGAGAACAUUCACACGCCCCAAGAAACGUGGAAUGCUUGAGAAUGAUCAUGAAGGGGCACAUCAUUCGGGAGUUAAUCUCCAGGUGGGAGGACUCGUGACCAGUAUGCGGAGGAGUUUGAUUGGCGAAACAUCCCCACCGAGCUCCUUUUGCUCCUCCGUGGACUCAAUGAAUGAAGAGAUGCUGAAUAGCUUGAUAAAUAGUGGGGAUUUCAACAAUGUCAGCUUCUUCAUGGAAAACAUGGAGGAUUCCACAAAUAUCAACUUUAACGGCUACAGCCUUGAGGAUGCGAUUAAGGACCGACACUUCCUGGAGACACUCACAUCGUGUGAGGAUCAGUCAUUGUCCAAGGAUGCCAGCAUUUCACGUACGGACGAUCACGUUGUGUCGGCUGAAUCAUCAGACAGCAAUCCCCUCAUUGAUGUCACAAUGAGGCUAAAUCCCAACUUUGAAGGCACCUUCGUGACCAAGGACACCACGUUUAACAUCUCCAAUGAAAUCUGUGGCCCCACUCCGACGGGAAAUGAGACGUACAACCUCAUGGGGAACACCACAAUUGAAAUUUCCCCAGUGAGGAGUCACGAAAAGGACGUCGUUCAAACAACCUUCAAAUGUGACACUCCCAAACGCAACACCACCUUUGGGAUCCUUCCGGAAAAGGAAACAUCAAUGGGGGCGACUUUUUUGGGGGAGAAUCAUAUCAAUCAGACGUACAUUGAGCUGAAGAAUGGCAGUGAACCCCUCAAGACUGACCAGCCGGAGAAGGUCGAUAAGAAGACUCCGGAUUCCUCAGAAUGGUGCUACCAAUCGACUCCGCUGAAAUUCUCAAAGAAGGAAACACAUCGGAGGAUUAAUCUUUCACCAAUAAAAUGUGACCAAAGUGUCAUGAAUGUGAGUAAAGAGGGGAACUUUGAGAAAUUCCUGCAGGAAGCAACAAAUCAAGCCUUUACGCCCGACAAAAUGAUCGAGAAACCUCGAUUUGACACAAGUCCGGACGAUGAGGUUGUUGAGCUACGUCGUCUUCCCAUUCCCAUUAACUUGCUGCGGGAGGAUGAGCGACAAUCCUUGAAGAAUUUUGAAGAGUACGAGAAGACACUGAUGCAGGAUGUGGAUAGCAAUGACAGGGAGUUUGAUGAUGUUCUCAAUAGAUUCGCCACACUUGAUAUUCAGCAGAGCAAUGAGAAGAUGCGCCAGAGUUUGGAUAGUAUCAAGAAACGGCAUUCACUUGUGAAUUUGGAGAAGCAGCAGCAGGAGGAGGUGGCAAAGCUCGAGGAUGGUCGCUUCGUGGACAGCAAUAAACUGUCUGAGUCGAUGGGGAAGAGUCGAAGACUUUUGAGUCGUCGAAGUCGCAUUUACGAUGACGUUAGUAAUUCCCUCAAUCACACGCAGGACACUGAAAGCGUCCCCGAGGAACAGAAGCAACCCGAUGUGGGCGCAGAGUCCGAGAGAACCCCAACAAAGGGGAAUAGGGAUCGUUUCAAGACCAUUCGCAUUAUACGACCUCUCGACCAGAAUAGUCCUCGACUUCCCGAUGCUGGUGAUACAACGGUGGUCAUUGAACCACCUGAACCCGCAGUGGAACCAGAAGAGCAACCACGGCAUGUGGAACUUGAGCGCAAUCAGACGUUCAAGAAGCCCGCCCCCACGCGGAAUCUUCCACGGCCGCGCUACUUCAAGAGUGCCCUAGCAAAGCCGAUUUCACAGCAGAAAUUUAACUCAGCAGAUGAUUUGCUGGACUCGGAGGAGCCCCAAAUGCGCAACAUCUCACAACAACCCCUCAAGAGUCCCAUGGGUACCAAAUCAAAGUCAAUCCACAACCUCCUGUCCGGACAGAGAUCUCUCGCAUCGAUGGAAAAGCUGAAUCAUCCCUAUCAAUGUGAUUUUAAAUCAAGCGCAGAAGCACUGCACAAGACUCAAUCGAAUAGUUUAUCCUUAGCGCCUUCCUCGAAAUUUGGUAAAUCCAAUCAAUCGCUGGCACGACCCAGUUCCAGAGCACCGGAUGUCGAACGUCCUAAAAUCGACACGAAAGCAUUUAUGGGAAACAACCCUCCUAGCAGUAUUGGCACAGCGACCAUGAGGAACAAUACGAAAAAAUUAGGACUCAUUAGACCGUCUUCCGGAUACUACAGCUACUCUGUGAGACGAAAUGAUUCAGAUACAGAAUCCGGGAGAUACUCACCACAAAGUCUAUCUUCGAGUGCCAGCUCUAAUGUGUCGGAAGUGCCUCAGAAUCAAGAUGCAACGUUUGAUUCACAUCAGACGUACAAUUCCCUGCAGCCAGACAUUGCAAAACGUCCCGGAAGCGUCAUAUCAAAAGUGCCUCGGCCAACGGGAUUGCGUCUUCCGUCGAAUUUCCGUUCAGGCGGAACUUCUGCACUUCCACGUUCAACUGGCAUCCCAAGGAGGUAAAUGAAAAGAAACCACACAAAAUAUCAUCUUAAUCAACAAAUUGUACGUCAUGGUCAACAUAGUGCCCAAGGAUAUUAAUAACCAUUCUCUCUAUGCCUUAAUAAUCACUUAAAAUUCAAGCAGAACUUUCAUUUUUCUUUUUGAACGAUAUACAAUAAAAUACUUGAGUUUUCUAUUAUUAUACAAAUUUGUACGCCAAUCGAGAGAAUUUCUCACAUAAAUAGAGACUGUAGAAAAUA